AAGGAGUGAAAGUGACCAGGGCUACCAACUGGUCCAGAGAUGUGCGCUAAGCUCGCAGAAAGCCCAGAGGAUCUGACUGCCUCUCAUCCUGGGAAGUUUUAAUUCUUCACACUGGGCAGUAACUGGGUUUGUAAAACUGCUUGGAUUCUUUGGCUCCACUGCGUCCCGGCUUCGUGUCACUGUGACAGCGUGAGACGUGUGAGUGAAUGAAAGUACUUCGGUGGAAAGUAAGGAGGAGCUGCCAGAGAUGUGCUCCUCCUCCUUUCUGGCUGUGCGGCACCUUGACCUUGAGUCCACCUCCCUCCUCUUUCCACCCCCUCCUGAUGGGGAAGUUCUUGGGGACCUCCUGGAGGCCUGGGGGCGGGGUAGAGGACAGGGAUGGAGACUGGCCCCGAGAUUGGAAGGGGGAUGGGCAGCUCUGGAGAAUAACGCCCAGGAGCGAGGGCAGCGCAGCCCCAGACUCCCUGGAAAGCCCAACAGUCUGGAAAAGCUGGGUGUGGAUUCGCCCCUCUUUGAAGAGUUUUCAGGAAGUUUGGGGGAGGGGCGAGACGCCCUCACCAGUUCUACCGGCGUCGGGCGCUGAGGGUGAGAAGAGACACAGCAGCAGCAGAUCUCAGUGCUUGUCACCUUCCUGCCCACCGGUGGGCUCCGGGCGCGCCCGGCGGGGUCCUCCGGGCGCAGGCACAGUGCGCGGGCCAGCAUGGAGGGACUGGUCUUCUUCAACGCCCUGGCCACCCGGCUGCUGUUCCUGCUGCACUCGCUGGUCGGUGUCUGGCGAGUGACCGAGGUGAAGAAGGAGCCGCGGUACUGGCUGCUCGCGCUGCUCAACCUUUUGCUCUUCCUGGAGACUGCUCUCACUCUCAAGUUCAAGCGCGGCAGAGGCUACAAAUGGUGAGAGUGCCCCGGGAAAGCGAGGGCGCACGGGGCCCUAGGGUAUUGUCCCCCACCGCACUCGCGUGCAGCCCUAGAGCCCAUCUUCCCGAAACCCGCCGAUUCUACUCGAAUUUGGACCCGGUUUGUCCUCGCUGGGAGCUUGGAAGGCGCGAGAUGCUUGCACGUCUCUUGGGCACGCCAGGGCUUCCUUAGGGUCCCAGUGCAACACUGGGAAGGCUCGAUCCGUGAGCCCAGGCAAGAGUCACGCAGUCUGAGGUUCGGAAACUCGCAAGAUGAAUAAAGAGAAAAAGCGUUGGUUUUCACCAGCCAUAUUUUUAUAUCUGAUUAGCAUCGUUCCAUCAUUAUGGCUUCUGGAACUGCACCAUGAGACCCAGUAUUGCAGUUUCCAGGCUGAAGGAACAUCACAGAAUACCAGCAGAAAAGAAGCCUCUAAUCAAACACUGACAUCCAGUGAAAAAACCAAUGGAGCUGAUGAUCUUAUUGAGACGGCCAAAGUUUUUGUGAAUAAUUUAUCUACAGUAUGUGAGAAAGUUUGGACAUUGGGACUCCAUCAGACAUUCCUGUUAAUGCUAAUAAUUGGAAAAUGGCUUCUACCCAUUGGUGGCGGGAUCACUCGAGAUCAACUCUCUCAACUUCUUCUUAUGUUUGUGGGGACAGCAGCUGACAUCCUGGAAUUCACAAGUGAGACCCUAGAAGAACAAAAUGUGAGGAAUAGCCCUGCACUAGUCUAUGCCAUCCUUGUUAUAUGGACUUGGAGCAUGCUGCAGUUUCCACUUGACCUGGCAGUACAGAAUGUCAUGUGCCCUGUCUCUGUGACAGAGAAGGGAUUUCCCAGCCUCUUCUUUUGCCAGUGCAGUGCGGAUCUGUGGAACAUCGGAAUCAGCGUCUUCAUACAAGAUGGGCCCUUCCUUGUCGUGCGUCUCAUACUGAUGACGUAUUUCAAAGUGAUCAAUCAGAUGCUGGUGUUCUUUGCCGCGAAGAACUUCCUCGUGGUGGUGUUGCAACUCUAUCGCUUGGUGGUGCUGGCAUUGGCAGUCCGUGCUUCGUUGAGAAGCCAGUCAGAGGCCCUGAAAGGAGAACACCAUUGCCGGAGACAGACCUCUGAGAGUGGGCCCUCUCUGCGGGACUGGCAAAGCGAGUCUAAGGAGGGCCUGGCUAUUCCUUUGAGGUGCUCCCCAGCCACCUCCGAGGACUUCCACCCCACCCCAUAGUUAUUGAUUGACAGUGGUCUUCGGCUAGAACCUGACUCUCUGUUUCUUCUUACAGGGAGGAUUCUUUUUCUCCCCCAACCUUGGCAUAUAAUAAUUUUCAAAAGGACAACAUAAAAAGGUGAUCUUAAACCAAAGCCGAGGAGUUUUCUUUUUCAACUGAAUGGAAGAAACUUUGAUUAGUGACUAUUGCUACAACUUCUGUGCGAUGGUAUCAGAUGUUACAGUUGUUCAACGACUAAGUGAUUUGUUUGUCUUGAACUGUUUGAAAAGCUAUGGAAGGGGUUACAGUGACAUGCCCUCGAAAGAUUUAGUGCAGACAAACUGUCGCGGCUGUUACCUGAAAAUAGAGAAGCUUUCAAGUUUGGCUCCAUUGUCAGACUAUUUUGUCUGAUCUUUUCUGCAAUGUCCCUGUGACAUCAAAAAAUGUACAUUCAGUGAAUGCAGAACAAAUGAAGGGAAAAGGGCCUUUAAAAUUACCUCACUGUGGGCUGGAAGCAGCGAAAAUCUCUGCCCAGCUUCCGUAUCAUAGAGAGCCCUAUUCAUCGCUGCACAGGCCUUCCCAGGAAAAUCAUUUUUCGGGGCUGAUGUUGUCUUCUGCCAUGGCGCAUAUGCUCUUACAGAAAUUUUAUUGCUUCUGGCUUGGAUGCUACACAAUUCACAGCAAGCCAUUUUAGUUACAUAUCUGUUAGUUGCAAGGCAGGAAAUAGUGUCGAAAAGCUAGCAAAGUCACAAUUUCUACUCUGAACAUGAUUUGCAGUGUUCGUCAGUAUUUUUCUGAAUCCUACUUUACCAUUUUCUAUAUUGCCGAGUCGAAUCAUGUGGGCUGAGGCAGAGAAGCUCUGAAGCAGUGAAUAAAGGUGUUUCGGGCCCUGUAAGUGUUACCAUGGUUUCUGGUGUCUGCCACAGUAGAGAACAAAGCUGCAGCUUCUCUGAACCGCCACUACUGGGGGCGGCCUUUGGUCUCAGGGAACAUGGUGAUGGAGGAUUGCAUCAGCCCCACCCACGGCCAACAGCUCUUGUUGAGUCACGGGAGUCGGAAUGUGCUACCCCGUGGUGGAAAUCAGGCAAUUCGCUUUAUUUUCGUGCAUUAAGACUUCAUUUUCCUAGAAUUGAAAUAGCCAUCCUUUUCCUUUACAUACCUCUAUACUUUCCAGAUGGAGGUGAUUCAGAACCUUUUAAAGAUACAGUGUGAAAAUUUUCCCGGGUGUAUAGCAGUAAUUACAUGAGGCACGCAGUUCCAGAACUGUUGUUUUGGGUUCAAAACCUAAUUCCCCCCAAUUAGUAUAUUCGAGAAUUCAAAGGGACAUUUAAGUAGGGUAUGCUCUUAAUUUGGUAUGACCUAUUGACAGCCAGUUGGGACAAUUUUAUCUGUAAAUCUCUGGGUGACAUGAUACCUAUUUGAAACAUUUUAUAGAAACUUUUGUCAACAAAUUUUGUUUUUAUAUAGAGUCAUGCAUAUUUUUUCAUAAAUGGCUUCUUCAACGCCAUUGUUAUGUUUUUAUUUCUUCCUUGUGCUUCUAAUUUUAACAAUAUUAUGACUAUAAAAUGACACAUGGAACUAAUGGAAUACAUUUAUAAUUUUCCAUAAUAAUUUCAUGAAAGUUAAGAUCAAGAAAUUAUAUUUAUAUGAAGUAGAGCACUUGACAACUUUUAAGGGCGUGUUAUUUAAAGUGCUCAGCAGUUGAAAGCAAAAUAAUAACUGCUAUUUAUAAAAAUGCCUCAGCAGAAUCUGUUUUUAUGUUGACUGCUUCAUGUUGAAUAUUUUCUUCCACAACAUGUAUGUGCUGCUUAUUAUUGCAGAUUUGCUCAUGGCAUACUUUUCAUGUUUUAAUUUUUUUUCUUCCAGCAAAACAAACACUGAGGCCCUAAAAAUAGAUAAAGUAUAAAGUAGUACGGCUGUUGCAAGGAUAUUUUUAAAUGCUUUCAAAUCUGAGACUUGGCUUGGGUUCGUGAAUGAGUUUCUAGUGUUUAAAUUAAAGUAUUUUGUAAUUAGCACUCUUCUGCUGGCCUGAGAAAUAAAAAGCCUGUCUAAAGUCUAGCUUUAUUUAGAGGGUCAGGAAGUCAAAGAGCAUCCAGGACCAUCUUGGCAAUUAAUAGUGGCAAAAAUAGACACAGGCUCUACAAGAUUUUCCAGGAAAAUCUGCUUAGGGCAGCAUUUGUUAACCUAGCUGCCAGUACUCCCACCCUCUUAGACUGGCUGCUUUUAUAGUAGGGGGAAAAAAAAAAUCUACAUUCCUUUAAUUUAUUUGGAAAAAAAAAAAAACCCUAAACCUAAAUUAUAUAAUAGCCAGUCGUAAGACUCCUGAUGAAAUAUUACAGAUUUAUUCAGUUAAUUGCCUGUUUUUAGUGUGGAAUGCUAAAUAAUGUAAUGUUUCAAAACAUCUAAGUGUUUGUUAUAAGGUGGCUGGAACAUCAAUUACCUCCCAUGUGUUGACAUCUUGGGACUUGUUUACAUUUAUAUUUUAUUUGUAAUAAGAUAACUUACUUACGUCACCUGUAUAACGUUAUGCAAGCCAUCCCGUCUGUCAUAACCCCUCACCCAGACACACAACGGAUUAAUCCCUAACCCCUGAUGAAAGUGGCUUAUUUGAAGCUGUUGGUGCUGUUGCUAUUAUUGCCUUUGUUGUUAUUUAAUUCCUUCAUUAAAGCUCACUCAAAUACUCUUUCUAAAAACAUAUCAUUCCACUUGUAAAAGAAAACACAAUGCACAUGUUUCAAUGAUACUGUGUAAAAACGCACCUCAUGAUCAUCUUGUGUAUUUCUUUUGCCCUUACUGGAUGACUCUCAAAGGACAUGACUUGACAUAGUAAUAUUAGUAAACUGUCUUUAUAUUUGGUUAUUCUUUUAAUUUUUAUUUAAGCUGUAUCAAUAGCAUAAUAAAAUAAAAUUUUGAAUUGGCCCAUAACAUUCUUUAUAAUGUUCCAGUGGAGAGUCUGAUAUAAAUUUACUCUUGGCUCUGUUUUAGUUCCACUAACAAAUAGCACUUCAGGCCUUAUAGAACCCUAUAGAUAUGGCCAAGGAAAAUCAGGAUUCACUAUUAUAAUGAAUAGUGAAUCCUAACUAUUCAUUGUUAACUAUUUAAUUAAAACUUUUCAAAGCUCUGGAGAGCCAUGCAUUUGCAGGGACACAUGCUUUAAGAUUUCUAUCCAGGUUUCAGAGUUGAAUGUAAUAAUCUGUUUGGCAUUUAAUUCCUGAUAAUUCUUAACCAACUUUUCCUGUUAAAAGAGCGAAAGAAUUGCAAAUGCCAGGUCUCUGUCCAUGUUAGCCUUCCUCCAAUGUCAAGCGAGAGGGAUGGUGACGUAUACUACAGAGACUCAGAGACACAAAUGAAAAACCAAACAGUCUUGAAUUACAAGAAGAAAAGAGGAUUGUUAUUUUUUUUUUCUAAUUUCAGACUUUGCUUUUUACUCAGUGGACAUACUGAUUUGCUCUCAAAAACAUCUGAUUUGGGGUUAAACUAGGCAGCUGGAGGAUGUUUACAGCUUUGAGGCUUCAAAUAACAUUCCAUAUGCAGGGAGUAACUUUACACAAUGUUUGAAUAAUUAACUGCUACAGUCUUAUAUUUUAUGAGUAUCCAUUCCAUCCUCUGAAUCUUUCUUACUAGAAUACCAUAUAAGAAUAUUUUCUCUGGAGUAUUUAUAUUUAUGCUAUUUUGCUAUUAGUGGCCUUUGUAUUUUAUUAUAUGCAUUAAAUAGUGUGUGCACAACUUUA